AUGUAUUUGAACUGGUUUUGGCCAAAGUGCACGAGUGGAAUGGAUUGUGGAAGUCAAACUGCAACAGAUGCCCUGUUUUGCAGAAAAAUUGUGAUUUUCUGUAUGAGGAGGGAUGAGGGGUGGUUUGGUCGUGCUUUAGGCUUGCUUGGAUGUAUGAAAGAUGAGAACAAGACUAAGAGAACCAAGAAGGCCGGUAUUGUUGGAAAAUACGGCACCCGAUAUGGUGCUAGUUUGAGGAAGCAAAUUAAGAAGAUGGAAGUCAGUCAGCACAGUAAAUUCUUCUGCGAGUUUUGUGGAAAGUAUGUUGUUAAGAGAAAGGCUGUUGGUAUUUGGGGCUGCAAAGAUUGUGGGAAGGUCAAGACUGGUGGUGCUUACACUUUGAAUACUGCCAGUGCUGUGACUGUUCGGAGUACCAUCCGAAGGAUGAGGGAGCAGACUGAGAGUUAG